GCUUUAACUAGGGCGUGACCUUUGGAGUUUCCGUUUAUCAGUGCUAUAAAGUCCAUGUAAUUAAUCGCGUGACCUCAAAAGAACGCUUCUGACAAGGCUUUUUUCUAAGUGGCUUUAUCGAUUCGUUGCCAGUAGUUCUCACAUAACAUGUCAGCAGGACUGUUUUAAUUGUGCCUUGCACGAAAGUAUUCUUAACCAGUGAAUAAGACAAGAUUCGACAGAUUUGAAGAAAAAUAACCCAAAUCAUUGUGUGAACAAACAGAAGGAACAAGUUUGACGUAACAUAAAUAAAACGUGAAACAGAGCAUACAUGAGCAUAAACUGCGAGUAACAACCAGUCGUAAAUUGGUCGAAAUUAAGGCUGAAAACCUCUGUUUCUCUUUUCCUUUUGGACCGUUUCAAAUACAACAGCUGAAAGCAAGUAUCAACAAUGGUUAAGGACGAUGGCUUAGAUAGACGCUCGUUAUCGAUCACCCCACCGGCGAGUGUAAGCGUGCCUAGUAGCAGUGAGGCUCACGUGGCGACAUGCAACGAAGAUAUUCCACUAACAACAACGCAAAUGGAAGGAAAGCUGGAUGGAUCAUAUUAUGGUAGAUACGACCUCGAUCCGAACGAAACAACUCCUUUGCUUUACUCCAUGGAGACUGCCUCCGAGAAGAGUAGUUCAAGCGCUCAGAGACGUUACAGCAUGAGUAGAUCUAAAAGCUUUAUAACUACUGUAACUUCAAGCCAAACCUCCUUAUUCAUCGCAUCCUUACAGAUGUCGCUGCAUUCUAGUCUGGCAUUUAAACCGCGGUCUACAGUGAGUGGCUCCUUUCAACAACGAUUGGUCACACUAUCAAUUCAAGAGAGCGAUACGCCUAAAAUUACAACUUUGGGAAAGGGGCCAGAAGAACGCCGUGUUCCAGCUAUACUCGCCAUGUGGCAUGUUUUAAACGUGAUAAUUUCCAGCAACAGUGUUCUGGGUAUGCCCUUCGCCAUCGCAUUAGGGGGCAUUGCCGCCUUACCACUCAUCCUACUGGUCGGAUUUCUCGAUGGCGUGACAUCAGUUCUUUUGAUCGAUUGUCUUUACGAAAUCACGCCGAAAGGUCAAUCUCGCCAACGAGCAAGAGAGAGCUAUGGCGAUAUUGGAGCGGCAGUUUGGGGGCCAAUGGGAGGCCACGUUGUGGACCUAAUACGAAUAUCUCUCUCUUAUUGCAAAUGCGUAUUGAGGAUUAUGGUCUUAGGAAACACUCUGAAGGAGUUGCUGAGCGGCCAAGUGGAUCUGUCCCUUCAGGAAUGGUGUUUAGUGUGUACAUCGGCGUUGCUGCUGGUUGUCUUCAUCAAAAGCUUAUCAGCCCUUGCCUGGCUUAGUAUGAUGGCAGUGCUAGCAGCUUUUAUUAUUUUCUUCCUUUUAUUGGGCUUCUCAUUAAGUAGGUACAAGGCAUGGGAGUGGCAAAAUAUUCUCUUUUUUGAUGUGAAUAGAUUCCCAAUUAGCGUGGGUAUCGUAAUGUACUCAUACUGCGGGCAUACUGUUUUUCCAGCUGUAGAGGAAUCCAUGAGGAACCCCAAAAAAUACAAUACCAUUUCCCAUUGGGCGUUUUCCAUAUCAACAGCCAUGAAAUUUUUGGUGGGCCUUUUUUGUGUUCUCACAUUUGGUAGCGAAACCCAGUCAAUUGUCCUUUUAAAUCUCAGUGAAUCAAAUGCUUCCAUAUUAAGUACAGUAGCAUCUAUUCUAGUAAUAAUAAACAUGUACUUUUCCUACCCUGUAAACAUGUUUGUUGUUGGUGGGACUGUGGAUAUCCUACUCUUACCAAAGUUCCCCAAGUGCUUAAAACAAUACAGUCUCCUGUGGUUUAUGUUCACUAGGGUCAUCCUGGUAUAUUCCACCCUGGGUAUCGCAUUAGCGCUGCCACGUUUUGGGCUCCUUAUGAGUGUGAUUGGCAGUUUGCUGGGUGUAUGCAUAACUUUUAUUUUCCCCUGCGUGUUCCAUUUGAAACUUAAGGGGAAAAGUCUAAGCUGGUAUCACAUUGCUUCUGAAGUUUUCAUUAUACUAUUUGGGGUAGUAUUUGGUGUCUUGGGUGUUGCUUUCUCUUGCAUUGCUCUCAACAAAACACUGUAGGGCUAAAUGGCAUUUUUUUUAAUAAAGGUACAUAACUCAGGUGUUUACAAAACCUGGAUACCCAGUGGGGGGGGAGGGUACUGCCAUACGUAUAGUUUACUCUGGGAUGGGGUAUAUAAAUCAGAGAGUUUGGGUCUAAAAGCAUAGGAUAUCAUUUUUCCAGGAAACUGAUCAAUUAUUGGUUGAAGAUUUUAGUCUAGACUGGGGAAACCGGGAAUUGCCACUCAAAAAUCAAAUGGGCUUUGUUUUGGCUGGACUGUUCUAGUGACCUCAGUAGUUUAUGGAAAACAGGUACCCUAGGAUAUGGGGUAUUUGGGGAGUUUAGUCUAGUAUAGGGUAGCAAAAUUUACUUGAACUGGGUUCGGUCUAGGCUAAAAAAAUUCCUAAAGUACCCUCCCGCCAGACCUGGAUAGACCCGGCUUGGAUCAACCCACUGUAUUCCACUAGCCUGGUCCAGGCUUUCAGAU